CAUGAUGUGUCAGUACUAUUGAGAUUGACUUUUGAGAACCACUCACACAGCUCUAAAAUCCUUUGCAAGAAAUGCAGGGAUUAAGUGUUCUGCCAUAAGACAUUUCAGAGGAAUUCUUACAAUGAGGAUAACUUGUACAUCUUUUGUGCUCCUCAUCCAAAUGCUCCAAUGUUUGGCUUCAGAUGAUUCACCAUUUCAACUAACUAACAAGGCCACUGGUUCUUGUUUGGUUCAAACAAAUAACAAAUGCAAUGACAUACGCUGGACGACUGGUGACCGACUUCUGAUUCAACAGAGGAGUAAGUGCCUGGGAGUCCAGGGGAAAAGUGUGGGGAGUGAAAUAAACCUCUACGAUUGUGACGAAAACAGUGAACUCCAGAAGUGGGAAUGCAAGAAUGAAACAGUGCUCGCUCUCAAAGGCCAAGAGCUUUACAUUGAGCUCACUGCAGAUAACACAGCAGUUCUCUCUAAAACAAUAGGACCCAAUAACCACCUCGCAAUUUCAGGGACGUCCAGCGGUGCCUGCACAAGAACAUACAGAGAACUCUAUGCAAUCAGUGGAAAUGCAGCGGGAAAGCUCUGCAUGUUUCCCUUUAUGUAUCGAGACCAGUGGUACUCAGACUGCACUACAGCUUCCUCAAAAAACCAUCCUUGGUGUGCAAUUGAAACAAACUAUGAGUCAAAUAAUCUCUGGGGCUACUGUCCAACUAACUCCAAAGCAGACUGGCAUGUAAACCCAGCAACAGGAGCAAUUUACCAAUUCAACACCCAGUCAGCUGUGACUUGGCCCCAGGCUGAGGCCAGCUGCAAACAGCAGGGUGCCUCCCUGCUUAGUAUCAACAAUCCUUACGAGCAGGAUUAUGUGACAGUACUACUAGGGAGAGGGGGCAGUAAGCUUUGGACUGGGCUGAUCCUGGAUCUAGAACAUGGUUGGAAAUGGUCCAAUGGGAGGCCUUACCGUUAUAUGAAAUGGGACUCAGGACAUCCACUUCCUUAUCCGGGACACAAUUGUGCAAUUGUUGAUCCUACUGUACAGUACUCCUGGCAGAGUUUACCUUGCACCAAGAAAGUAGGAUACAUAUGCUAUACCAAAGGGCCUGAGGAAAAUCCUAAACAAGCUGUUGAGACAGGAUUUUGUUCAAGCCCUUGGAUUCCCUACAAUGGUCACUGCUUCCACCUUAAUCGCACUCAGAAAACAUGGUCUGAAGCUCAGACAGAGUGCGUUCAUGAAGGAGGGGACCUAGUCAGCAUCCGCAAUGUGGAGGAGCAAAGCUUUGUCAUCUCUCAACUUGGAUAUGCAUCCACUGAUGAGCUUUGGAUUGGACUAAAUGACAGGAAGACAGAGGGGCUGUUUGACGGGGGUGACCACUCUACUGUCAGCUUUACCAGCUGGGAGUUUGGGAAAGUAGCUGUCUCCACACAUAUUAAAGACUGUGUUCUCAUCAGAGGAGAGAAGGGGAACUGGGUUGAUCGUGUGUGUGAUGAGAGACACGGUUUCAUUUGUAUGAAGAGGAGUGCUUCAAAACCAACUGGAGAUGAAGUGGAACAGGACGUAGGGUGUAAAACUGGGUGGAGGAAACAUGGCUCAUACUGCUACUUCAUAGGGAAAGAGACCAAAACUUUUGAUGAAGCUAAAGAUGACUGCAAGAGUUCAGAUUCUUACUUAGCUGAUGUUUCAAAUGGGGUGGACAAUGCAUUCCUCGUCAGCUUGGUGGGGAUGAGACCAGAGAAGUACUUCUGGCUAGGACUCUCAAACCAGAAAAACAUUGAUGAAUUUGUGUGGACCAACACAGAUAUAGUGAGGUUUACUCACUGGAACGCUGAAAUGCCAGGUCACCGACAGGGCUGUGUUGCCAUGAAAACUGGGAUUUUUUCUGGCCUCUGGGAUGUGCUGCCUUGUGCCAAUAAGGAAAAAUACAUUUGCAAACACCUGGCAGAGGGGGCAGUUUUAACUCCCGCCCCAUCCACUCUUAACUCUCCGAAGUGUGCAGACGGCUGGAGUCCAGUGGUAUCAAGGAACUACUGCUUUAAGUUGUUUACAGAGUCAUCUUACAAAAAGAGAACCUGGUAUGAGGCCAGAGAUUACUGCAUGACCAUUGGAGGAGACCUGCUCAGCAUCCACAGCGCUGCUGAGCUUAAAAUGCUGGAUGAUCGCCGUCAAGCAGUCUGGAUUGGACUUAGUGCCCCUGACCCAGUCACCGGUUUUGUAUGGAGCGAUGGAUCCCCACUGCAGUUCCAACACUGGGAGGAUGAUGCGCCAAACAAUAAAAAUAAUGUAGAAUCUUGUGCUGAAUUUAAAGUGAAUAGGUGGAUGCGGAGUGGAUCUUGGAAUGAUGUGCACUGUGAGACGUACCAUGGAUGGCUGUGCCAGAUCCAGGCAGGAGUGACUCCAAAGCCACCUCCAGACCCUGUCACUCCUGACUAUAAUAGGACAUCAGAUGGGUGGCUAGAAUGGAAUGGAAAUCAGUAUUAUCUUAACAUAGCGUCGAUGGCCAUGGAAGACGCUCGUCGCUUCUGCCAACAGAAGCAUGCUGCCUUGGUGACUAUAAACAGUGAAGCUGAAAGUGUCUUUUUAUGGAAACAGAUAUCCAGUUAUCAUUUGUCUUACUGGAUUGGCCUGAAUGUAGAUCUUGAUGGAACAUUUACGUGGAUGGAUGGUUCUCCAGUGGAGUUUCAAAGGUGGGAUGAAAAUCAACCUGAUUUCCAUAACAAUGAUGAGAAUUGUGCUAUCAUCACUAGCUCUAUGGGGUUCUGGCAUGAUAAUAAUUGUGGGUAUGAGUACAGAUCCAUUUGUAAACGCAGUGGCUCACCACCUGCCAAUGCCACUGUAGCACCAACAGUUCCUCCAAGAGGUGGCUGUCCACAAAACUGGAAAAGAUUUAAGUCAAAGUGUUACAACAUCAUUAAUAGCCAGAGGGAGACAUGGGAAGGAGCAAGGACACAAUGUAAAGCAAUGGGAGGAAAUCUAGCCUCAAUUCUCUCUAGACAUGAGGAAGUGUUUUUGUUAACUGAAAUGGCUAAGACACCUACAACAAACCUGUGGAUUGGUUUGUAUAGUCGAAGUGGUCAACGGUUUCACUGGACAGACGGGCGACCAAUGCGAUACAGCAACUGGGGGAGUGAUAGAGAUCACCUUGGCCUAUUUUAUGAUGAUGAGAUUCAUUACUAUAUACAGCAAAUGUACAAGUGUGCUGCAAUGACUGCCAAUCCGAGGAUCGGCAGAGGGCAAUGGACAGCAUUGUCCUGCAAUGACACCAAUGGAUAUGUCUGUCUUCAAAAUCUUGAUCCAUCUCUCCCGGACUCCCCCGAACCAACAGUUCCUAUUGAAUAUGUCAAAGUAUUCAAUGACUCUAUCAAGGUUGUUACUCAACCAUUGAACUGGGAUGCAGCCCAGAAGCGCUGUCAAAGUGAUGAUGCCAACCUGGCUAGCCUACGAAAUGAGUGGCCACAGGUCUAUGUCGCGCUGAUGACUUUGAAUCUGAACUCUCCUCUGUGGAUUGGACUCAACAAAAACCAGACUGGUGGAAAUUUCAGAUAUGUUGAUGGCUGGCAUAUGACCUUAUCCAAUUGGGAUAGAAAUGAACCAAGCACAGACCGACAUUGUGUAUAUGUGGAUGUGGAUGGAAAAUGGAAGACCGCUGACUGCAAUAAGAAAAUGACCAGUGUUUGUAUGAAGACUACAGACAUACCACCAACAGAGUCAAGUGAUUUCCCAGGAUUUUGCCCUGAUGACCCAGAAACAUCCAGUUACAAUAGCCGCAGGUCCACUUGGCUAACAUUUAAGGGUCACUGUUACCUCUUUGUCACAGAGAAAAAAAAGUGGGUAGAUGCAUCUGCUAGCUGUAUCAGACAUGAAGGUGCAACUCUUGCCAGCAUUGAAGACCCCUCUGAGCAACAAUUUAUUCAAAACAAUGUGAAUAUAUAUAAAGACAGCGAAUCCUUUUUCUGGAUCGGCUUGUAUAAAACUCACACAGGUUUAUGGAAAUGGUUGGAUGAAACAGUCAUGGACUACACUAACUGGGAUUUAAGUCUAUUUAGGGACGGCGCUCAUGGAUCGAUUAAAUCGUCAAAUGGGGGGUGGAGCACAGACAGACACUGGCUAACGAGAGGAUAUAUUUGCAAAGCACCCAAAGUAUUACAAGACACACCAUCGACAACAGUAAGUCCAACGGUGGAUCUUCAAACCCAUGGCCACAUAAUUUUGACAAUUGUUCUGGUUAUCAGUACAAUUGGCGUGGGGAUAUUCAUUGUCCUCUUUAUCCUCAAGAAGUCUGGCCACCGCUUAUGCAUCUCUGAAAAGUCAACUAACUUUGACAACGCACACAACGUCUCCAGCAAUGAGCAGUUCCUGUCUGAUCUGGUGGCCACCAAUGAGCUGGUACCAAAUGCAGAGGAAGAGAGCCCUGAGCCUGUUAUAAUGUUGUAAUGUAAAUACCAACAGAGUGCUACAGGUAUUCUUAAUUAGAGAACCAAUAACUUUAAUGCAGUUGGCAAUAACUAACCUUAAUCAACAUAACUAUUAAAGCUGUAGAAGGGUGACAUUUUAAUCCACGCUUUAUUUCACAUUAAGAUACUCUACCUGCUAGGAAUGUGCAGUGGACUUUUGCAUUUGCCAGACUGCUAACUGUGUAAAUGACCUUUUAUCUGUCUAGAAAUCCUGGUGACUCCUAAGACAUUGUAUGUCUUGCUGAUGAGAAUCAAAACAACUGUACUAAAAGAUGUUGUAAAUAAUAAAACAAUGUCAUCUACAUUAAAUCUUAUAUUUGACUUUUCCCUAUCUUGUAAGAAAAAAAAAUCAUAGUGGGUUUAUCGGUGCACUGGAGUGCUUCACUUUGCUUAGCUUAAAUAAUUAAUGUUUUUUUAUUAGCAUUUUCUUCAUGUUUACAUAUCUAGUCCACCACUUCCUAGGCAGAAAUAUACUUUAUCUUUCACAUUUAUGUGAUAGCUCUGGUUACAGCUACUGCUGUAGUUGUCAGAAGUUCAUCUAAUUGGCAAGUAAAAUUUAGCUGCAAAAGAAUGUCUGAAACCUGAAAACAGCCUUUGUAAAAGCACAGAAAGGGUUGUAAUUGGCAGUAAGAAAUCUUGGACACAAACUUCCCUCAUGUCACCAAAUAAUAAUGAAUACAAACUGACGAAUUCUUAGAAAUUGAACUGCAGAGCUACUAAACAGCAGCAACAGUCCAACAUGUCAUGUUUCAUCAUUGAACACUGACACUUGCAGUGAUAUUUUGUAUCAUUUAUCAUUCAGGUAUUAAUACAGAAGCAUAACAUA